GAAAAAAAACCCACCGACCGAACAUACACAACACACUCAUUGAACUGACAGAAGAGAAAAGCCACCCAGUUGGUACCACUUGGGGGCCUCAAUAAAUAUAUAUUCCCCGGGGCCGCCGUCACAAAAUAACAAGGAUAUAAGGCCCGGCCGUCGUCCAACACUCGUCCCGACACACACAUAACAAACAACAAAACAAAACAAAAACCCCUGCCGAGUAUUACUUUCCUGGUGGUUACAUUGGUGGUACUGUCUUUUUUUGGUGUCCUGUUGCAAAGUUCACCAUCGCCAUCAUUCGCCACAAUGAUGAUGCCAUUCUGCGCAAACACAAGAGCAUCCACUAUGCAGCGCAACCCCUCCACCAUCCCUACAUCCUCCUCCAUGAUGAAGAUCAAACAACGACCGUCGACAUCCCGCCGUGGGAGUACGAUCUCAACCUCCAGGACUCCUUCGCGCCUUCCCUCGAUUCGAGAAGAAUGUCCAGCCUAUGACUCAGUAUGUUCGACACCUUUGAGUGAACAACAAACCCAAGAAGACUUUCUCGAUGACCACCACCACCACCCUUCCAGGUCGUACACCGAAGAAUCACUCGAAGAUGAAACCAGACACGACUCUGACGAGGAGGAACUACCCCCUUACGUUCUGCUGGACAACGGCAUCAACAAACCCGCCUACUCUAGACGAGUAAGGGAGGCAACUUCGUCGUCGUCCACGACGUCGGUGGUGGAACAACCACAACAGUCGUCCAAGCUCGAUGGCAUCUUGUGUCCCCGAUGUAAUUUGAGGAGGGCAAAAGCUUGGUAUCGUCAAAGGAUUCUCAAUGAUAAUGACUCAGGAUCGAAAGCAAAGUCCAAGUCGAAGCCGAAACCAAAACCCAAACCAAAACGUCAAAUGCCGACAUACUAUACUCAGGCCGACCUAGACAACAAUCUCAGUUUUGCAUAUUAUCUCUUCUAGAUGGCCUUUAUCAACAACGAUGUUGGUGACGAGACACAACCAAGUCGAUCCCUGGAGGAUACAUAUCACUUUUUGUUCUGCCUUGUGCAAAAUUCCUCUACGACUUCUUUCCUUUUUUGUUGUUUAAUUUUUAUUCUCGUGUUUGAAACAGGGGAAACUUGGAAUAAGAAUCAGAAGAGACCUCGAUAGUACUCGAACAACGUUUCGAUGACGAGUUUUGUUGGAGUAUGGACGGUGGCACACUGGCACAUAUGAUAUGAUUGAUCGAUCGAUUGAUACAGAGACAGCCAGAGAAAGAAAGAU